AAGAAUGACAAGUUUCUAAAGUCAUUUUUGGACAAAAUUAAAAUGCAAAGAACCAAAUAAUUAUCCCAAAUCUCCCAAAAGUGUCAUUUUCGUUUGACGGGCACACAACUUUUGUUAUAGUAGUAAUAAUUCGUUGUUCUUGAUUACAAUUAAUUGAAAGUUAUUUAUCCAGUGGCUGAAUUAAUUGCGUCAUGUUUGAUCUAUCCUCUUCAUUUCUAAUUAUGCUCUGACAGAGUGGCCCAAGAAACACUCUAGACAGAAGCCCAAAGUGCUCAAAAAAGUGUAUUGAUAUAAUUUUCAGGAACUUGUUUACUCAUUACUCAAAAAUGACUGAAUACAAAUUGGUAGUCGUUGGAGCCGGUGGUGUAGGAAAAUCUGCCUUGACCAUACAAUUGAUACAAAAUCACUUUGUGGAUGAAUAUGACCCCACCAUUGAGGAUUCCUACAGAAAGCAAGUUGUUAUUGAUGGUGAUACUUGUCUGCUAGAUAUUUUGGACACUGCUGGUCAAGAAGAGUACAGUGCCAUGAGAGAUCAGUAUAUGAGAACAGGUGAAGGGUUCCUCUUAGUUUUUGCUGUGAAUUCUGCCAAAAGCUUUGAAGAUAUAGGGACAUACAGAGAACAGAUUAAGAGAGUUAAAGAUGCUGAAGAGGUGCCAAUGGUUCUUGUUGGAAAUAAAUGUGAUCUUUCUGCCUGGGCUGUAGACAUGAAUCAAGCUAGAGAGGUAGCCAAACAGUACGGGAUCCCAUUCGUGGAGACCUCGGCGAAGACGCGAAUGGGCGUAGACGACGCCUUCUACACUUUAGUUCGGGAAAUCCGGAAGGACAAGUCGAAAGGGGGCAAAAGUUCUCACAAAAAAUUCGGCGGACACGGGCGGGCUCCCUUCAAGCUGAAAUGCUCGAUUCUGUAAGGUCGCGACACGAUUUCGUAGAGAUUCGAAGUGAUAAAUUGUUUGGCAACCGAUUUGAUCUAACUGUAAGUUUACAGUGUGAGUGUUCAAUUAGUGCGGUACUGUGUGAUUUGGAAGAAUAUUUGAGAUUCUGGAGGGAUUUUAUUUGAGUCCAGUUUUGUUCUGGAGGAGUGUUUGUGAUGACUGUUGGUGUUCUUACAAGAAACUUUUCGGUUGUUUGGGCUAAUGCUAUCAUCUUGGAUGUAUUUCUGAAUUCGAAAUUCUAGGAUUAUUUCAG